AUGUUCUUGGAUGCUCUUCCAGCACUACAAGGCUCUAAUACUGGGGGCACUGAUGCCGGCCAAGACGUCUGUCAGGACAAUCAUGAGAAUAUCUCUAUAUCAGCUUCGUCCAAGCAGGCAGAGCAAACAGUCGCACCAUUCCUCGCCAAACAUAUCCCGGAACAGUAUGCACCUGCAGGGGGCUUGGACUCAUCAGGAAAUGCAAAAGUGAAAGACCCGAAUACCAAAUACUGUUACAGGCAUCGGCCGGAUUUGAAGUGUAGGAGACAGGCCAACGAGCCUUCAAUGGAUCAGCUCCAGCACGAGCUUGAAGACCUCUCGCAAAGCGAUCAGCAGGCCAUUGCUCAUGUGUGGUCACUAUUCUCAGCUGCUCCUGCCAAACAUCGCAAUCUCAUGCUCCAGGGAAUACUCACACAAUGUUGCUUCCCACAACUGUCAUAUUUGUCAACUAAUGUCCGGGAUCUCAUCCGCAUCGAUUUCCUCACCGCCCUACCACCAGAAAUAUCCUACAAAGUUCUCUGCUUUCUGGACACGACAUCCUUGUGUAAAGCAGCUCAAGUCAGCCAGCGAUGGAGGUCGCUCGCCGAUGAUGAUGUGGUAUGGCAUAGGAUGUGCGAGCAGCAUAUCGAUAGAAAGUGUACGAAGUGCGGCUGGGGUCUACCACUGCUGGAGAGGAAGAGGCUCAGGGCCUCAAAGAGACAGAUUCAACUGCGAGCUACUGGUAGGGGACUGAAUGAGUGGUCACCAGAUAUCACGCCAUAUCCUGAGGCUGCCUUGGAAGUAGUCCCGAACAUUGGCGCUAAAGAUCAGAUGUCGGCAAUGGCUGAACUCAUGGCUCCUCUCGUCAAGAACCAAGUGCCUUCACGGGUGACUACCCAGGCUGACGACUCGUACUUUCGACCACGAACUCGACCAUGGAAGGACGUCUAUAAAGAUCGUUUCCGCGUCGGAACUAAUUGGAAACAUGGGCGGCACGACCUCAAGAUCUUCCGAGGACAUCAGAACGGGGUUAUGUGUUUGCAAUUUGACGAUUCGGUCCUAAUAACGGGGUCAUAUGAUGCAACGAUAAAAGUAUGGGACAUAGCUACGGGCGAAGAGAUCCGAACACUAAAGGGGCAUGCCUCUGGAAUUCGGUGUCUCCAGUUCGACGAUUCGAAACUCAUCAGUGGCAGUAUCGACAGGACUGUCAAGAUAUGGGACUGGAGGAAGGGAGAAUGUAUCGCGACCCACGCCGUGCACUCCAAUGGCAUCGUCGGAUUGCAUUUCGAUUCAUCUCUCCUAGCGACAGCAUCGAUGGACAAAACGAUCAAAAUUUGGAAUUUCACCGAUAGCUCAAGAUUUACGCUGCGUGGCCACACCGACUGGGUCAAUGCUGUUCGAGUGGAUUCCGCCUCUCGUACCGUCCUCUCCGCUUCCGACGACUGCACCGUUAAACUUUGGGAUUUGGACACCAAGUCUUGUAUCAAGACGUUUGAGGGUCAUGUUGGACAAGUACAACAAGUCGUAACUCUACCUCAUGAUUUCGACUUCGAAGACACAGAAGUCGACGACAACGACGGCGCCUCCUCAACCACAAGCACCCAAUCUCAUCCGCAGUGUCCUCAAUCCGCCACCCAACCAAUCGCAGAACCUUACGGCCGAGGCUUCACAGCAUGCGACCGCCAAAUGCCACCCCGCUACAUGCUGACCGGUGCUCUGGAUUCUACCAUUCGGCUUUGGGACACAUACACAAGCAGAUGCCUACGCACGUAUUUCGGGCACGUCGAGGGCGUUUGGGCACUGGCAGCGGACUCCCUACGCGUGGUGAGUGGAGCCGAAGAUCGGAUGGUCAAGGUGUGGGAUACUCGGUCCGGGAAGUGCGAGCGCACCUUUACAGGGCAUGCAGGCCCAAUCAGCUGUUUAGGAUUAAGCGACAAUCGCAUGUGUACUGGGGGGGACGAUAACGAGGUGAGGGUGUAUAGCUUUUGA